AAAGUUUCACUACCCUUAAAAGUGUUUCCUUUUCCGGUUUUCUAACCCAAGCUCGGGAAAUGAAGAAAAUCAAUAGGUGUAAUAGUCAAUACUAUGUAGUCAAUAUUUAUUUAAUUCCUUGAGUAUAAGUAAUGAAAGUUUUAAAAGCAGUGGCUCAAAGUCGUCAAAUAAUAUACCACGAAAUACAAUCCUUACUUGGAUAUAUAAGAAAAGACCUUUUUUGUAUCAGUCUUUAAAUCUAAAAUAAUUAAGUAUGGCUAAAGUAGAACAACCAUUGUUUAUUUUACCAAAGAAACGAAAUGGCAAGAAGCAAAACUCGAUAGGUGGGCAUGUUGACCACAUCAUCACUGUUCAGGGAGCUACAGAUACAGAAAUUCCAUCAAAAUAUAAAAAUGGGUUAUCACCAGUAUCUGAACAUGUCGCUAACGGGAUAAUCCACUCUACAAUGGAAGGCCUCAAAUCAAACAUGAAAAUUAACUUGCCCAUUAUUAAUGAUGUUAAUGAUGAAGAUAUUACAGAAAUAAUCACUGAAUCUAAACCAUGUCUGCAGAAAAAUGGUUACCAACCUUUAACAUUGAAUAAUAGUAGAGAAAUUAUUGAUCUUUCACCUAUCUAUGAAAACUCUUCAGAUGCAUGCUCUAGUCAUGGAGAUUUGAGAGAUGAAAAUGAAAUACAGAAAAGUUGCAGAAUGUUAAAUUCUGACACCAACGAAAGUGCAUGCCCAACUCCUAACACCCUUUCUCAAACCCAUUCAGAAGUAAGUUUAGAAAUGGGUACAAUGACUGAUAGCCUCAAAAAUAGUGCUAAGAGAAAGAAGAGAGUUAACAUUGUUUCUGGUAUUACCGAGUCAGAAAAUACCGAAACUGAGAUCACAGCCUUAAGAGUGGAUUCUGAAGCAUCUCUUACUACCAAUUGCUCAUUAUCAGAGAGUAAAGAUGGUUACUUGACCAUGACUGGUACUAUAAAACGUGGUAAGAAAAAAGGUCAAAACGUAGAUGUAAAACUAAAUAUAUCUCGUGAAGAAUUGGAAAUUAUAGAGGCAUCAAUAGUUGCAGAUGAGUUAAGUAAAAUGGAUGUGUCUCAAUGCUCACUGUAUAAUGGUCCACAUAUAUUCUUAUUCAGCCUCCUCUGUAUACCAAUAGUUGUCUGUAUUUCUGCUGGCUAUUCAUUUUAUAUGGGUACUCUGGCUUGGUACAAUAUUUUUUCACAUGUUACUGAAGAGUAUACUUGUGUUAAAAAGAUGUUUUUGGCACCAAUAGUAAUUUUAUCAUACCCAUUUCUAAUUGUUAUCUUUACAAUUGGCCUAGGACUUUAUGCAGGUAUAGUACAAUUGACAUUUAGUGGAGCAAACUGGUGGAAAGAUGUAUGUGACUUUGAGAAAGGUUUUUAUGGUUGGUUGUGUAAUGUAUUAGGCUUGGCUGAGUGUAGUCCAUAUGAGGUUGUAAUUCUAAUGGAUGUCAAACCAUAACAAUGCUCAAGCAUAUGUUUAACAAGAUUUGUGGUGAAUACAGAUUUAAACCAAACACACCCAUUAUAUAGAAUUAUUACUUAUCUAAAAAUAGGUUUAUUAACAUUCUUAUGAAAAAAAAAACGUAGAGGAAGUUAAUUUAUUAUAAAAAUAAACACUGCCUUUGCUAAAAUAAAUUUUUAAGGAUUUUCUUACGUAUCAUAUAAUUUUUGACUUAAGAAUAAUUUUAAAUGUGGGAGAAGAAUCUAGAAAUUGGGAUCAAAGUAUGUUGAGGUUUCUUUGGAAUGAACUUAAUAGAUUAAUCACCUCAUGCAAUUCUUAUAAGAUUGCAUUAGAUAAGACAAAUUCAAAAUCUUCCUGCUCAGCUUCCCGUUUAUACCUUAUACUUUAUAUGUACUAUUUUUAAUAAUUUAGGAAUAGGUUAUCAAUAUUGUCCAUAUCAUUCAUUAGAUAUUAUCACUUAGUUUUCACACUGGGUUGUGUUUUUAUUUGUGAUAACAUAAAAUCUCAAAU